GACCCACAAACUGCUGUGAUUGGUCUGUGUAGCUGUUAUAUAAUUUUUACAAGCUCCUCUUUGCUUUGGCAUUUCCAUCGAUUAUCAGAAAAAGGAAAUUCUAAGGCCAUUGGAGAAGUCGCUGUUUCCAUAGUUGAGUAGUCAGAGCGAUCUCACCGUAGAACGCUUCUGUAAGUUUUUGAAGCUACUGUCUGACAUUUCCGAGAAAAAAGAUGGACUAUGUUUACGGACCAGGAAGGAACCACCUCUUUGUUCCGGGACCUGUCAAUAUCCCGGAACAAGUCAUUCGUGCAAUGAACAGAAACAACGAGGACUACCGUUCUCCAGCUGUUCCUGCGCUCACAAAAACGCUGCUCGAGGAUGUGAAGAAGAUUUUUAAGACCGCUUCUGGAACCCCUUUUCUCAUCCCAACCACAGGAACUGGGGCAUGGGAAAGUGCACUUACCAACACACUAUCUCCCGGUGAUCGCAUUGUCACUUUCCUGAUUGGUCAGUUCAGUUUGCUCUGGAUUGAUCAGCAACAACGCCUGAACUUCAAUGUUGAUGUUGUUGAAAGUGAAUGGGGACAAGGUGCUAAUCUUGAAAUUUUGGCAUCAAAAAUAGCGGAAGACAGAGAGCAUACUAUUAAGGCCAUUUGCAUUGUACACAACGAGACAGCAACAGGAGUUACCAAUAACUUGGCUACUGUAAGAAAAAUACUCGAUCACUAUCAGCAUCCAGCACUCUUUCUUGUUGACGGAGUUUCCUCCAUCUGUGCGCUUGAUUUCCGCAUGGACGAAUGGGGUAUAGAUGUGGCUCUUACUGGUUCACAGAAAGCUCUUUCUCUUCCAACUGGAAUGGGAAUCGUGUGUGCAAGCGCCAAGGCUCUUAGGGCCACCAAAACUGCAAAAUCAGUCAGAGUUUUCUUUGACUGGAAUGAUUACUUGAAGUUCUAUAAGUUGGGAACUUAUUGGCCUUACACCCCUUCCAUCCAACUCCUCUAUGGGCUAAGAGCUGCUUUGGAUCUCAUUUUCGAGGAAGGACUCGACAACGUUAUUGCAAGACAUGCUCGCCUCGGCCAAGCAACACGACUUGCAGUACAAGCGUGGGGACUGAAGAACUGCACCCAGAAGGAGGAAUGGUAUAGCGACACAGUCACGGCCGUGGUGGUUCCAUCAAACAUCGACAGCUCAGAAAUCGUGCGAAGGGCAUGGAAACGAUACAACUUAAGCUUAGGCCUGGGGCUUAACAAGGUUGCCGGAAAGGUUUUCAGAAUCGGCCAUCUCGGCCACCUAAAUGAGCUGCAACUACUCGGCUGUCUUGCCGGAGUGGAGAUGGUGCUGAAGGACGUCGGUUAUCCGGUGAAGCUCGGCAGCGGGGUGGCUGCAGCUUCAGCAUACUUACAGAACUCAACUCCAUACAUUCCUUCCAGGAUUUGAUUCAACAUUUUCAGAGCAUGGAAUUGUGUUCAUUCUCCGGUAUCACUAUACUGUAAAAAUUGCACCAUCCUCCUCUCUUCUGGACUUGAGGCUUUGUAUUCGGUUAAAUGUCGUUUAUGUAUCCGUUGUAUCUAAACAAAGUUUCUUGGUUGAACGACCACUUCAUCUAAAAACUAUAGCUAA